AUGGCUAUAUCGAUUUUUUUGCUGCCGCAACAUACGCCACUCGGAGCUGAUCGAUUGGAGGCGUGCCUGCGGCAGUGCCGUGGUCCGAAGACGGCCGCCGCACUUCUGCCGGCGAACGUGGCUGGCCACUUGGUCGUCGACACGAUGAUUGGGGCCGGCCGAUGCCAGUCGCCUCGAGACACGAACGGACGGCCAUGCGAGCAGGUGCCCGUCAGCGUGGGGCCCGAAUUGUGCGCCGUCGGGGGUCAGAAAAGAGAGCAGGUCAGGGAAGAAAAAAACGAAAUUGCCUCCGAAGAUGUGCUACAGAAUUAA